GCCAUGGCGGCGGGCGCUGCGCGGAGCCGGCGGAUCUUCCUCAACCACCUCGAUUCCUACUGCGGCCGCAGCAUCGGCGAGUAUUUAUCCAGUUGUGUUGUUGGAGCGUCGCUAGAAAGUGUGGAAGGAGAGGAGGAGGAAAGUGAGAAUCGCUCCGAGGCUGAAGUUUCCAGGAGGCCAAAGGAGGGACUCUACCAAAUAGUGGGGACUCUCUCUAAGCCAGAGAGUAUUAAACCAUGCUUUGCAGAGGAAAUAUAUGCAGUCUCCUCUCGGAAAGAGCUCUUAAGCUAUUUGCUUGAAUGUGACAUUAUUUUAUAUAAUAUCACUGAGGAUGCAAACCAAAUCAAGGAAGCAACAUGGGCUGCUUCUGCCCUACGUAUGGAAAUAGAGCAUUUUGCAGCACCAAAAACGUUCAUCCUCAUUUCAACAGUAAUGAGUUGGGCAAAAAGCAACCCCCCCGACCCAGAGGAUUCCGAGAUUCCUUUUACUGAGGAAGAUUAUCGUAAAAGAAAACCUCAUCCUAACUUUAUGGAUCAUAUAAAUGCUGAAAAACUUGUUCUCAAACUUGGAAAAAACAACAAACAAGCAUUUUCAACUUAUGUUGUUGCUUCAGGAAUUCAGUAUGGAGCUGAGGAAGGAGUCUUACACUACUUUUUUAAGAUAGGUUGGCUUAGCGAGACUAAUGCAAUACCUGUUUUUGGAAAUGGAAACAAUUAUAUUCCAACUAUUCAUGUUCAUGAUUUAGCAGGGGUGUUACAAAACAUAGCAGACCACAGGCCAAGGUUUCACUACAUACUUGCAGUAGAUGAGUCUAUGCACACUUUUCAAGAAUUAAUAAAGUGUAUCAGUAAAAAUGUUGGACCAGGGAAAAUUGAGAAGAUUCCACAAGAAAAUGCAUUCUUAAGUAAAGAGUUAACGCAAACACAUGUGGAUAUGUUGCUUGUGAACCUGCGGAUGGAAGCUAUGUUUUUGAAAGAGGCUUUCAACAUAAAGUGGGUUGCUCAAACAGGGUUGGUGGAGAACAUUGAACAGAUUGUUGAAGAGUACAAGCAAAGUCGAGGACUUCUGCCUCUAAAAAUUUACAUUCAUGGUCCUCCAGGGGUUGGCAAAUCUACCAUUGCUGAAGAGAUCUGCAAACACUACAAACUACAUCAUAUUAAGAUUAAAGAUGUGAUUUCCGAAUCAAUUGCAAAACUGGAGAGAAUUGUGGCUCCUAAAGAAGUGGACUCUGACAGUGUGAGACAAGAGGGAGAAGAUGAUGAAGAAGAGGGUGAAAAUGUAGAAGAAGCACAUGAGUUGUUAGCUGGAAUUAAAGAAAGCAUGGAGCAGAAUGCAGGUCGUCUAGAUGAUCACUAUGUUAUUAAACUCUUUGAAGAUAAGCUUAAAUCUAUGCCUUGUAGAAAUCAAGGGUAUGUUUUGGAUGGGUUUCCAAAGACCUAUGACCAGGCAAAAGAUCUUUUUAACUUGAAAGAAGAAGAAAUUACAAACAAAAUUCCUAAAUAUGAUGAAAUAAUCACACCUGAAUUUGUGAUAUCUUUGACUGCACCGGAUGAAUUUCUUAAAAACAGAAUAAUAAAUCUGCCAGAAAGCGUUGUUGCUGGAACUCAUUAUACUCAGGACCGGUUUCUGCAAUCUUUGAAUAACUUCAGGGAGAUAAAUGCAGAAGAUGAAACUGUUCUCAACUAUUUUGAUGAACUUGAAAUACAUCCUCAGUUUAUUGAUGUAGCCAAAUAUGAAGAUUCUGAAAACAGAUUUAUAGUAAAACAGAUCAUCAAGGAAAUUGGGGAACCACGAAAUUAUGGCUUGACAGAUGAAGAAAAGGAGAGUUUGGAACGUAAAGCAGCUGAGGAAUGUCUUGCCAGAGAAGCUAAAGAAGAAGCUGAACGGAAGCGUAGAGAAGCUGAGGAAAGGGCUGAAAGGAUAGCAAAUUGGGAAGAGUGGAAUAAACAUUUUGAGGAAGUUAAAAAACAAGAACAAGAACUAUUGGAAGCCCAGUCCAUUCCACUACGAAACUAUUUAAUGAGGCAUGUCAUGCCAACACUUAUUGAAGGGUUAAAUGAAUGCUGUAAGAUCAGACCAGAUGAUCCAGUUGAUUUUCUGGCAGAAUAUCUCUUCAAGAACAAUCCUGAUGUGAAAUGAAAUAGCAGUUUCUACAGCUGUUAGGAUUUAAUACUAAAUAGAAAGGGAGAAUGUUCCCAAUGUUAUUUACAGUAAAAAUUCUUAGGCUUAGUUUUGUUCAAACACUAUUUUUAAAAUGUCCACUUUUUUACACUGUUCUAGUAUGUGGCAUUGAAGUUUUUAAUAGUCCUUCUCCUGAAGUACUACACAUUGAUUAAUACACAGAUGUGUCUAUUUCAUGCAUCAUCUUCCAACUGUGAACCUUAAGAAUCUGUGUUUUUUUUUUUUCUCCUGAAUUUUUUCAGUUACAUAUUGUAUUUAAACAGCAUUUCUGCUAUGAUCCAUAAAGGAAGUAAGCAGGAAGCCUGAGGAAAGUAUUCUCUUUACACUUUUUUUUUGUGUGUGUAUGUUUAAGUUCCUAGAUGUUGCCAGUCCACAUUACCACCUGAAGCAACUAAAGAUGAAAUAAUUGGUUACUUUAGAAAAAUAUAUAGUUUGAGACUGUCUUAUUUUUACCCUUGCUUUAAAAAAAUACAAUGACACAUAUAAAAAUGCUUUCUGUGUGGAACUGCUGUACAUGCUAUACAUGCAGUACAUGUACUUUCCUAAGAAUAAAUUUUUGAGCAGC